AGCCUCCCAAAUCCCAGCCACUCUUCCAAGGGGAACUCGCUUCGCUCCCCCGCCCCUGCCGCUCGGCUGGCAUCGGCCAGCUCCCGCCUGGAGCCAGCGGACCCCUCAUCCCCCAGUUAGUUAGUUACGAGAUUUGUCUUUCCUCCCCCUCGAGCAGCCGAAGCCCGGCGAAGUUUGUUCUGCUCUCACCAUGAAUUUAAGGCACGCGUCGGGGGGCGCAUGGAAAACCCUGGGCUUGCUGGGGCUGAUGCUGCUGGUCCAUCCGGUAGGAGCCUGGUACAAACACGUGGCCAGUCCCCGGUACCACACGGUGGGCCGAGCUUCGGGGCUGCUGAUGGGGAUCAGACGCUCCCCGUACCUGUGGCGCCGGGACUUGGGGGAUGAGCGAGGAGAGAGCCCGGGCUCGCCCCCCACCUCGGUAAACAGGGCGCCCAGGUUGCUGCAGAGCCGCAGGCAAGACCUCAGAGCAGCCGGGCCGCGGACCCAGGCGUCCGGGGUGGCCGCCCCCCGCCCCGCCAGAGGCGAGCUCCGUGGGAGGGACCCCGCGGCGCUCAGGCGGCUGGGCGUGCAGGACUUUACAGCCAGGCGGACAGUCGCUCAGCACCGGGCCCCGCUGCAGGCAGGUGCCAGCCCCCUGCCGCAGCGAGUCCGAGCCCUGCCAGCCCAGUGUCCUCCCGGCUGCCAGCAGGGUCCCUGGAGCAGAGGAGGUGCCCGGGAGAAGAGGCCAGCGCUCCUGGAGAGGGUGAUGAAGAAGCAGCAGCAGCAGCCGCAGGGCAGCGAGGAGGGGAUCAGGGACUUAAGGUAAAUCUCGCCCAUCUUUCUGAGUCCGAGAUAUAGUUCCAGAUCUACUGAGGUCGCCCAACAGAGACAUUCGAAGAGCAAUGGUUGCCUGACUUGGAAACUGUUUCCUGCAGCGGACGGGGAAGAUAUUCAAAGCUGGUUCUCCUGAUACUCUGAUUUCUAUGAAAACAUAUAGACAAUUGCCAUUUAAAAAAAAUCUCUUUGGUUUUAUACCAACUGUGCAAACACAGUGAGUGAUAAAUUCCUGUUGUUUUCAAGUUGACCUAGUGCUAUAACCAUGGAGAAAAAGAGAAGAUAUUUAUUUUUCUUUAUUUUUUAGAUCUCUGUAAUAGCUUCUUAGCAAUAUCACAAUAUGUACUGUUUGCUUUCUAGGAACCUGCACUCAUUAAAAUUAGAAUGA